UCGUAAGUCAGUUUCGCGUUGGCGGGCAGCCCAUACGGACCACAAGUCGAGCGGCGGAUCGAAAUAAAAUAAGUAGAAAACGAGCAAAAAUAAAAUGAAAUGAAAACUGGAUGUGAAGCGAAUUAAGCGAGAAUCGUACUUUUUGAGGGAAAACAUCAGCUCAACGGAACGAUACGAUUCGCAGCGAGGCCACCGUCGCUGCUGCCGCAAAUCGCAAAGCGCUUGUUCCCAGCUUACGUACGGUACCUACAGCGUAGCGUUUGGAUUAUGGUUGAUCAUUUUCCAAGGAACGCUGUACGUUUUCUAUUUGUUUCUGAAUACUGAUAGCGUUUGCUCGUAGAAAAGUCACGGGAGCAUUUUCUCGAUUUGAUUACAACGAAGUUAAACCACCUGUGCAGUGCAGGUAAACAAAUAUUGGUGCAGCGAAAGUUUUACUAGGGAGUCGGAGGAUAGUGAAUUGUUAGAAUCAUUGACGACAUUAAUUUGUGGUAAAAUUACGAAGAGUUGCAGUUACGAAGACGGUGUUGUUUCGUUUAUCUUAAAAUAUUUCUAACUGUACCGAAGAAAAGUGCUCGCAGUUGUCGAUUGAAGUCAAUAAGUCACGUUUCGAUUCCCGGAAAACCGUUCAACGGGAUAUCUUGAUCCUCGUGGACACGAUUGUUCUUUAUUUCGUUGUUCUACACCGUUGGAUUAUCAUUACUUCGUGCUGUGAAACUUGUGUCGUCUUUUUUUCGCUCCAUAGUUCUCUACGGCUGUACGGCUCUAUCAACGGUACUAUUGCCGCUAUCGGUAGCGGUUGAAGCGAGAAUAGUUGGAAGAAAGUUGUUGCCGAGCCGAGUGUGCAACUGGACGGAACAGUCACCCCUGAGUGACGACGUAAGAUGAAUUCACCAUAAUCGGUGACAAAAAGGAAAAAUCGUAUAAAAGCAACAUUUUAGGAAAGUACAAGCAAGACGUGUGCGACAUUUGUUUCCCUAGAAGCAAAAUUAUCGAAUGCCGAAGUGUAUCCUUGAUGUGCAGCCGUGUGUUAGUGAGGAAUGUAUCAUUGCCAGUUAAAAAAGGAAGUGCUCAGUCGUUGUUUCACUUGAAUAAUAAUAUUGAGUUUAGUUUUGCUGGUGGAAGUGAACUUUGGAGGAGGGUGAAUUUGAAUUGACCGAGCGGCGGUAUAGACCAUCAACCGUAUCAUACUGACGAAAACCAAUCUGCGCUGGAUUUGUGUUGGCUCUUAACUUCAAAAAGAUCACCCGAGCCACGAAAAAGACUCAAUUAAAUUAAUAGAAACAUAACGGACACCCAACGGCUUUGCAUUACAACACACAUCACUGUAAUUUCCCGUUCAAACCUAUCGCUCGCAUUCGCCAAGUCUACUGGCAGCAGAAACCAGUUUCUGGGAGGUGACCGAACUGAGCAUCAAACUCUCCGCGCUGUGUGGUGAUAGUUCCAGAGUCCAACUGCAGAAGGGUGUCAUCGAAUAUCGGGCAUCCGCGUGCUUUGGUCGUGAAGAAGUGGCGAUAUGGAAGUGGCCGCAGCAGCAUCUGCUACGGCAUGUUCGAUUCCUGCCGGUUCGGCACUGCGGGGUCCCUUCCAGCGUGAGAUUCGUGAGUGGCAACAUGUUGAUCCGAAUACCGGUGCUCUGCUGACCGGGCGGCUCGAAGCAGACCGCUGGGUCAAUGGACCCCUUAGCAGUUUUGGAAAGAUGGCCUCAACUAACCUGUCCACUUCGGACGGGGCAACGCAGCACACGCAGAAAAAGCAAAUGGAAAUUUUACAAGCCCGCACAUCGUCCGGAUCGUUGCAGGUGGUCCGCGCUCAGACCGUUCAAACAACCUCUUCGCGCUGGUCCUCUUCUACGCUGCACUCGGAGAUUAGCAGUAAUUCUAGCAGCCACACGCAACUAGCAGCCUCCUCUAGUGCCAUCAGCAAGACUGGUAGUACUUUAACGACCAAUGGGUUCUCGAGUUCGCAUCUACCGCUGCAGUUCCACCGGCCGUUCAUAGGUUCUAGUAGAUUAUUGUCACACCAACCUCAAAGCACCAUAUCCAGCAGCAUCCCACACAGUAACUCACAACACCUGAGCUCACAGCCGUCGCUGCCACUAGCCGUGUCUUCUUCUGCAAAUGUCGCGACGUCAUCGGCAAUAGCAACCUCUUCACAGUCGAACACCGGACAGGCGACCGGUUUCGGUAUCAAACCGCAUUCCAGCGUCCCUGGGCUACCGAACGUGGGUGGACUCCGCAGCACCAGGGACAACAACAGUACGGUUGACUACAGCCGGCACAAGUUCGACAAGUUCAAAGAUAUCUCGGCAAAGGAGCAACCGGUCGACGCAGAGAGUUUCCUGAGCCGCGGCAAGAGCAUCUCAAUCGAAGAUUUAGCCACUGAACGCGACGAAACGAACUUCGAUGACGACGUCGAACCCACGCAGUGGAAGCGAGUCAGCAAGAUCCGUCGUUCGCUACAGUUUCCAAGGAAAACUGCACCAAAAAUCAACGCCCGUCCAAUUGAUCUGCCAGAAAAUUCCGUUAGCGUCAGGAAAAUUCGCCAAGAGUUGGAGAACGGUCGCCGUUUGAAUACUGCCAUGAGGAACAACCACAUCGAUUUCGUUGCACUGGAUAAUAUUCUAAAGAAUGUCACGGAGAGUCCAGUUCCAAAGGUGGAGUCACCGCGGACACCAACCGCUGUGGCUGUCGGAAAAGCAUCGUCUAGCACUUUCCUCACAGCGGAAUCGUUGAAAGAAAUUCGUGGGAAGUUGCGAAGGCUGAGUAACGAGUCACUCUAUCGGGAAGACAUGAGCCCAGGCGAGGAACGCAAGGAUGAAGAUGAUUCGGUCACCAUAACGGAAGUCGAAACACGGUUAGGACAGCUACAGACUAGCAGUUCUUCUGAUUCCUAUAAAAGUAAUAGCUUAGAGUCGAACCGUAAAGGUUCGACCGAUAGUAAUUCUGAGGACUGGCAUUCGCGGAGAAAGUCCUACGGAUUUGAAAGAAUGAAUCAACAGUCAGGGUUUAUGGCGAAAAUGGACUCUUCUACGGACAGUGGAAUUGGUCGUUCAUCGGAUCUCAGCUCUAGUUGGUCUAGUGGUGGAACGGACAAUAACGCCCAUUCGAGAGGAACCAUUGUAACCUUAGGAGAUCAUAAGGAAAAACCUGCGAGUAGUGCGAUGGUAAUUAAAAUCAUCAAUGAAGGUCAGGAUAGUGUAAAGUCGAAUUACCACGACGAGGAUGUCAAACGACAUUCGAUAGCCGUUGAUGAAACCAGUUACGUUCGUGACAGUUUGAAAAAUAUGUUCGAGAAGAAGUCAUCAGUGAGUGUGAAUGGGUUUACCCAUACGUUUAUCGAUGACUUUAACAGGAAUAAGAAGAAAGUUGAGUUUUGUAAAACGGAAGUUCAUUUCACUGCUGAUUCGGGUCGUGUGAACAUCGUCGAGACAGAUGAGAAACCGCCACCUACGAAUGUUUUUCGCAGGCGUCGGAGGUCUUCGGGAGGAUCGAUAGGUUCGUCCUUCUUGCAGGCUAUCAAUUCUGGAGUUCCGGUGACACAUUUCGGCGAUUUGGAGAAAGAAAUCAAUGAGUCGGAUUUGAAGGACAAUCCUGUCUACACAGCGCCUCCAGUGGUAACCACUACAGUUGGUCGUCCGGAGAAUAACGCACGUAAAAUUCCGGUAACUUCGGACGACAGUGAUGCUCAUUCGGCCGAUGAAAUAUCACUUCGCGGAAUCCUGAAGAACAAACCCGUUAAACCGAAACCCUACAUGUUAGGCGAAAAUCUAGAAAAUAGUGAAAGUUUAUGGGGAGUGAAAUUGCGACCUGUGUCAACUGAGCUGAACUAUUGGAGUGGUGAAUUGGAUGAAAAACAACAGACAAGUGAAGAACCGAUGACAGUAAAUGGUGCUUUUUCAACUAAGGUUAACCUUUCUCAAGUUUCACCGAGUGUUCGAGCGUCUGAUGAAUCAUCCGAAUCGAAUUCGAAAUCUACUACCAAGAUUACUAUCGGUAUGACACAAAGUGAUCCUUCGGAUCGCAGCCCACUAAAGUCCACAUCACUAAUUAUGCGAACAAUGCGCUCGGCAACUCAAUUCGAUGAAGCAAUGAAGAAGCUCGAAGCAGUUCGUAGGGAAUCCAUUGACAGCAACGCAGAUGACGAAGGUCGCUCUGCGAUUCAACUGAUUUCCAGUUCGAUCUCCAAAUCGAACUCAGCUAGCAGCAUCUAUAGAGAAGCUCCCAAGCUGAAAGUAGCGAAAUAUGCAACAUCGCUAGAUGGUGACAUAGACGAUGACGAAUCCUGCUACCGAUCCCCCGUGGCUGCCUACAGAAGAUCUACGAACGAAUCUCGACUGUCCGACUUUGAAGCCUACAUAAGCAAAAACAGCAUCCGGCGAUCGAGUGCGGAUGAGUUUUCCUCGGUUAGUAUGGUGUCGAAUGUUAGCGCAAAGCCCGUCGCAGCUCCUCGGAUGAAGAAGCUGGGAUCAAGCGUUCUAAGUCAUCAGUUAACCCAGCUGAAACGACUAUAUGAUGCGGCCGAGCAAUACGACAGUGAUGAUAGUGCUAAAGCCGAUGAAGAAGUUAAGCUCUACCUGGGAAAUUUGGCGGGAAACAGUGAAGAGAGAGGCAGUAGCGAACUGUCGGGAAGCUGGAGUCGGUUGAAAGCCAGAAGAAGUUAUCAGAAGUAUCGUGAUCAGGACACUACAAUCACCGUUAACUCUACCUCAGAGUUUGAAAUAGUGAAACCUUCAUCAGCCGGAACAACGACCACUACUAUUACGAACGAGAAACAGCUCAGAAAUAGCAACAUAAUGUCCAUUGCUUUGAAAAGUCCUACCCCUAUCAAAAAACAGUCAACGACCCCUAGCGGUCAGCCUAGUAGCAAACCUUGCUCACUGCCAGUUGGUAACCGUAGUGCUACACCAGUGAAAACCCAGCCACCGCAAACGAUCGAAUCUCAGCAAAUUACAACGCAGCCACAGCAACUGUCGACGCAUUUCAAGCGCCACAUUCCGACGGCUGCUAGCGAAACGAAUGGCACAGCACGAAACGAAGAACGGGCAUCACUUCGGUUGUCGUCGGGUGCACGACAACUUCGCGAACAUGAACUGUCAUUCUUCGGUGUCAACACAAACAAAAGCCACGAAUCGUCCAACUCAUCGGGUAAUUCGUCGUCAUCGGUGUCAGCAAAGACUGCCAGCCCUCACACGUUUACCCGAUCCACAACUCUUACCUCCUCGUUUAUUAAGCGUAAUUCGAUUAACAUGCAUCCCCUGUCAACGUCUUCCGCACUUUCUACAAGUUCUUCGCAAGCCAAACCUCAAAAACCUUCCACCUGGCAAUUGACGAAUGACAAACCUGAUUUGCUACGGCACAGUCAACGUAUCGACAGCGACACAGUUGAAAAAACUACUGGUACUCCGACAACAACGGUUCCGGUUAUUGAACCGCAAUACGAGAAUUUAGUCAAACCUGUGCUAGAACCGUCAAACAGACAAUAUGAUCGUAAAGCAGAUCUUAAACGGGACGAACAGAUUCUCGAGGAGCUCACGCGAGCUGCUGACGAGAUUUUAAACGUUGUUAACAACAUGUCGAACGCUGAAAGUACUGAGAGCCUCCUCAACGAAUAUCGAGCUACAAACAGUGGUGUUACACUAGGCACGAUUCGGGAAUGCGCUUCCACCAACAAAAUAAUGAAAUCUCGAGGUAUUCAAGUAUCCAAGAACUUCGACGAAAGCUUGAAGCGGCAUCAACGAUCCGAUAAAGUCUCUUCAGCAUCAUCUAACGAGAGUCUCCCGCGACCAACUCCCAUGAGUACGUCUGUAAUGCGUCCUACACAAGCAUCCGAGUCUCGCAACAGCAGCGGACGCCGUAAACUGCCCAGUUCGGUUACGGAGACCCGUCGGCUAAUCCGUAUGUGCAGUAAAGAGCGAUUGCAUCAAUCGAAUGCCAGCUCUUCAGAGGACUUGCCAAGCUCUGCCAGUGUUGAACCUCCUCGUAGACCACGAAGAACUAGACAUCACCACAGUUCCACGGACAAAGACAGUCCUCGAAACGGAGUGACAAAAUCAUCAACCGCAGAAAGUCGACGAAGUGAUGAACAUACUGUGUCCACCCGAACGCAUCGUACCGAGAGAUCGUCCAGUAGAACUACUAAAGGUACGGCUUCCCAACCGUCAGGCAGUGUAAUUCCUACCGGAGACCAUCAUCAGCAGCGCGUAGUCCACCGCAGCAGCAAGCCUGGAACGUCCGUCCUCACCACUACAUCAUCCAAAAAACAUCACCGGUGAGUCUCUGCAGUCUGCUGUGCGGCGCCUCCCGAAGCCUAGGGUGGCUAAGAACGGCAACUUCGAACGAAUGUGCGACCACAAUCCAUCUUUCGACCAUACAUCGGAACAAAAUUAAAAAAAAAAAACUUGUAUACAAACUAACACAGAUCUCGAGCGAAGAAAAAAAAACAUUUUCUAUAUAAUUAACGAAAGCACACGCGCACCGAAUGCGAAAGUAAACAAAUGUGAUGAUAAAGAGAGAGGUGAUAAAUACUAUCUCUUAAGCGAGUAGAAGAGUAAACAAACAAGACAAUACGAAACGAUGCGAACUUCCGAUCGACAAUUAUAUUUUGUUGGUUCAAUCCAGGCAAUCCAGCAGAACGCGAAACUAAGAUAUUUUAUUGGAAUAGAAACUUUUUAUAUAGAAACAUUGUGUGUGUUCCUAUUUUGGUUUGAUUCUGAAUAUUAUUUGUUAGCUUAUUAUACACAUGAGAAAAGACAAUUUUGACGAUAAGCCUAUAUAUAAAGUACGAGACUAAUCAAAGCAGAAAUGCGGCUAAUCAUCGAAAUUAUUUGCUUUUGCAUAAUCUCAACAGGGGUUCUACUAUUCGCAAUAACGACGCAUUACUAAUGAAGCUAAGUGAUAACGAACGAAUUAUUAAAAUGCGAGUUUUGCAGACUUGUAAACGGUCCUUUUUUAUUAGUCAGAACAGGGAAACAUAGCAGUUUUUUUUUUUUGAUUUUGCAAUAUACUUUAACAGUUUAACACUCCUUACUGUAUGCCCACGAAAAAUAUUUAUGUUAUUCACAGACUUGAAAAUAAAAUAAUUACAAAACUA